AAUCCAUCUAUCAUGUGUGUGUAUAUAUAUAUGUAUAUGAAUCUUGAGAUGCCCGUGGAUGUGGAAAUAUAUGACGGCUCAGUGCUCUGUAGCAGAAUAGCAAACCAAAUGAAAAUGUGAAGAAAGGGUUUUCUUUGUUGUUCCUGCGUCACUGUCACAACAAUGACGAAGAAGAAGCCGGUGAAGGUAUACGGGAAGGUGAAGCAUUCUUUAGAUGUUAAUAGAGGUGGCCGCAGAACUAAAUCCGGCCGCAGCGCCGCCACUGUGCGCCGGGUAAAGAUGUACACCAAUAGGCCCAAACGUGAUAGGAAGGGGAAAGUAUUAAACCACGAAUUGCAAUCCAAGGAACUUCCGUCAACUCGAAUUCAACCAGAUCAAAGAUAUUUUGGCAAUUCACGAGUAAUAGAUCAGAAACAGCUUCAGAUCUUCCGUGAGGCAUUGCAUAGCCGGAUAUCUUGUAGCUACAAUGUAAUUUCCAAGGACACGAAAUUGCCUGUUUCUCUUUUAAAUGAUCAUCGAAAGGGAUGGGAACAUAAUGGCAUGACAGCUUCAAAGAUGGUAUUUGAUGCCAGUCAGACGAAAUAUAGCGACUGUGGUAGCACCGCACAAAACAGAAAAAGGCGCAACAGAGGAGCAAAAAGACGUCGUCCAGGAGGAAAAAGCAGAUGAGGCAGGAUUCGACAUUCCUGUUCAAAUGGAUAUGUGCCGUGAGAGUGAGUUGCUGUGAGAGUAGAAACCCACAAGCUUCAUGAGAUUGGAUGAUUCGUGCUUUGGUCAUGUCAGUCUUUGGAUUCGUUCAAGUUCAGCUCAAGUUUUGAUUUUUCAAAUUCCAUUAAUUCAUUUCUGCAAUUCUUGUUUGUUCAUAUUCAAACCAAUUGAAGUAUAUUGUCGGAAGUAGGUUUGAAUAUGUGAAGUUUUUGCUUACCAUUCUUUUGUGUGGCCUUAUAGUACUUCUCAAAGCCACCUUUCCUCUCAAUGGUAGGACUAAACACGGAUGUAGGAUUUCCUUACCCAAAUCGU